AUGGAUGAUAUUACUCUCUCUUACAUAUUAACUAGCCCCUGCAAAAACGUUAAGAUACUACAGCUAGUAGCUAAAGAGCUAUUUCAGCUAGCUAGUGAAAACUCUAAACUGAUUCACUUCAGCAUAGGCGAACGCGCUAAGCUAGCGUCCCUUAUACUCCUAGACGGGACUAUAGUCCCCCUAAAGCAGAUAGUUAAGUGGCUUAGCAUUUACUUUAAUGCUCUAUUACAAUUUAAGGAGCAUAUCACUAUCCGCACUGCUAAGGCUAAGUCUGCAUUUAGACGUAUGUCCAGGCUAGCCAAUAGCGAACGAGGGCUUAGUCCCACCGCUUUUAGACAGCUAUACCUAGCUUAUAUUACUAGCAUGUCCGACUAUGCAUUACUAAUUUGGUGGCAAGGCUAA